AUGAUGUUCAAAGUGGAUUUAGUAUGUGCAGGCAAUGGGAAUCCCUGGGAUGAUCACAGUCUUGGGCAAGUUGUGGGGAUUGUGAUUUCCUACACUUCUACUAACGUAUAUACUUUACGUUUUCUUUAUGUAAAGGACAACAUUCAACAAAUGUCUGAAGAACAUGGCAAUUGUACUGAUGGUGAAAACUCUGAAAUGAUCCUACUGGAAUAUCCAACUGAGUUCCUCACUGCAGUGCGUGGGGUUCGUCAUCGCUUUAUUGGCUCAUUUGCGCCCAUCAAGUCUUUAACAUUUGUGACCAACAAGGCCACAUAUGGACCCUUUGGUCAACCACGUAGUGUUCAGCAUGAUAUUGAUUUUGGAUUCAAAAUUUCGGCAAAUGUACCCAGGAAUUGGAUUAGUGGAUUUUAUGGUACUGUUUACCGGGGCUACAUCGAAGGUCUUGGAGUUUACGUACAGUCACCGACUACUAGCCAGCCUGAUGAGUCUAUACGACAGUGGAAGCCUGAAUUGUAG